UAAAUUCCGAACUUUGGCGUAAGUUGUUUUGGUUGAUCGCGACAUGGAGUACGAUGUGGCAUUGUCAUAGAAAAUAACUUUCCCUUUUCCAUUGUCAACUUGUUUUGACUGAAUUCUCAUGGCAUUGAUUUAUAUAGAAGUCCGUACAUUAAUUAUAUUCACUAUAUUUCUCCAAGGUCUACUUUUAACAGGUUCUCAGAUUAGUACCUACAAAUUCAUAAGUUUAGAAGAUAAUUCUCUUGCAAUUAAUUGUACAUCAUUUGAUGACAGCUCCUGCUCAUUGUGUCAGCCAGGUUAUUUCUCAAAUCAAGAAAUCAAAGACUGCCACUGCUGUAGCAGUAAUAGCAGUAGUAGUAGUGACCAGAAUGGAAAAUGCAUUAAAAACAAAUGUAAAGCCUGUGAGAAAGGCACCCACCAACCCGAACCUGGUAAAAUCACAUGCUUAGACUGUGUCCCGGGAACAGCCACUGAUGUUUCUGGGAGUGUCAACUGCAGUGACUGCCUGCCUGGACAUUAUGCCAAUAAGACAGGCCAAGAGAAAUGCCUAGCUUGCGAUCCAGGAACAUUUAGCAAUACAACCACUGCUUCUUCAUGCACAAAUUGCCCGAAGGGCCAUGAACAGCCAGCCAGUGGUGAGACUGCAUGUAAACCAUGUGACGUGGGACAUCAUGCUAGUUUGGAAAAGAGUAAGCACUGCGAGAAAUGUGAAGCGGGAUCAUUCACUAACACUACUGGUACUGUAAAGUGUACGCCGUGUGACCUUGGAUUCAACCAAAGUAGUCCCGGCAAGACCAGCUGUGAACCAUGUGGCCUCGGACACUAUAGCAUCAUUAAGGGGGGAAAGACAUGUGAGCAGUGCUAUCCAGGAUUUUAUGCAAAUACUACAGCUAGCAAAACAUGCAUGCCUUGUUUUUAUGGCAGUUUUAGUAAUGAAUCUGCUACAAUAAACUGUACGCUAUGCAGUGUUGGGUCCCAUCAGGAUGAGUUGGGGAUGUCAGCAUGUCAUGAGUGCCAAGUUGGAUCAUUUUGUAACAGGACAGGCUGUAAGAGUUGCUUGCCUUGUGCUGCUGGGUCUGAAUCAAAGAACCUUGGAGCCACAAACUGCACACAGUGCAUAGAAGGUCACUACAAGUCAUCCACCAGUACCAAGCUGUGUUCUGUGUGUCAACCAGGGUGGUACCAGCAGAAGACUGGCCAGAAAUCCUGCAUUAAAUGCCCAUCUGGCUCUUACUGUCCUUGUCCAACAUGUCCACCGGUGAAGUGUCCAAGUAAUGCUAAUUGCCCAGCAGGAAGUGUACAGCCAUCAUACUGUAAAUCAACUUGGUACAUAAACCAAAGUGGGGGAUGCGUUCCCACCGCCCAAUUCUACAUUGUUGUUUCUGUAUGCUCCAUCGUUGUGGCACUAAUUAUAGCCGUACUCAUCACAAAGUACUACCGAAGGCGAAGGCGUUGGCGUUCCAGACUACAUGAGCCUUUGAUAAAACCUGGCCAAAACCCUGUGUAUGCUGGUUUAUGAUUGGCCUUAUUAUAAUUUUUAUUCAAUCAAUAACAGACACUUUAAUUGUCUUCCUACCUCAAUUAUAGGGAUAAAUACAGUGGCAGAUCCAGAAAUUUGAAAUAGAGGGGGCCUAGUGAGGGACUUUCACAGAUAGAGGUACACCCACCUCAGUCCUAUCAUGGGUGGGGCUGAUCAUGUAAGGAAAUCUAUUAUUUUGGCACCUCUAGAUGGUCGGAAAUGGCACUUUCAGACUUAAUGUUGAUUAUAAUUAUAUAUUUUUCGCCAUUUUUUUUAUAAUUUUGAAAAAUUUAAGGGGACCCGGGCUGGCUCAAUCCCCCCACCCAUUCUUGGAUCCAUCACUGAAAUAUGUUUUUAGAGAUUUAUUGUGAAGAGAUUUAUAUAAUUUUAAUUCUUUAAUUCUUAAUAUUGUUAUUAUUUUAAGAAAAUAUUUUUUAGGAAAUACCUAAAUACUACGGUUUCUGGGAUUAAUUUCAGUUUUGUAAUUAUCAUUAUUAAUGUUAAUAAAAUUGUUUUGAUUAGAUUAAUGAUGGUAGAUGAAAGGUGUAUUAAUAAAAUUAAUGUCAUCUAAGAGUGUUCUAGAUGAAAACAGAUCAAUAAUAUAUGUGACAAUCAGUAAUUAUAUACUGUAAUUAAUAAUUUGUGCCAAACAGUUAUAAAUUAGUAAUUAGUAAGCAGUUAUCAAUGCAAUUUUUAUAAUAUAUGAAUUGAAUAUAUUUGAAUAUAAUUGUUAUUUUCUUUAUUACAUAUAUGAUGUGUAUAGGAUCUAAACUUUACUGGUUGCUACAGUACACUAAAUUACAGGUACUGUACAUACAAAGACUAAACUAUAUUUUCAAUUGUCAUUUAUAGACGAUAAUAUAAAAUGUACAAUUUAGAAUUACUAUAUAGAUUUAGAUUUUUAAACAACUGCCAUUCUCAUUAAAUAAAUGAUCCUUGAUUUACCAA